UAGAGCGUCUCGCCUCUCUAGGAAGGAGGGCUCGUUCGCCUUUCUUCCCAGCUUCUUGGAGCCAAGGCAGGCGUGGGAGUUUCUCCCAGGAUCGGAGACGGGAGAGUACCAUCUUCCUUCGUGUAUCAGAUUUGCUUUUGGAGAUAAAUGACUGUCUUUGUGAGAUCCAUCCGCAGCCUCUUCAUGCAAUUCAACAUCUUAAGAGCGAAAGCGACUUUGUAGAGAUAGCGGGGGAAAAAAUUCACUCUGUUGGAAACUACACCAGAGUUAGAAAGAUAAAAUGGACAUCGAAAGGCCAGCAGGACUGGGAGGCACAAAAGGCCCCGCUGCCUUUGAGGAUGGGACUAGUAACGUGUCAUGGAAAAACACCAGGCAGAAGAUCCUGCAUGAGGAAACCGUCAGUUCCGACGUCCAUCGCUUGUUCUUCAGGAAUUUCUGCUAUCAAAAGGCCAAGGGGCCCAGAGAGGUUUGCAGCCAACUCCACCAGCUUUGCCACCAGUGGCUGAAGCCAGAAAGUAGCACCAAAGCUCAGAUGGUGGACAUGGUGGUGCUGGAGGAGUUCCUGGCUGUCCUGCCCCCAGAAAUGGAGAGCUGGGUGAGGGAAUGUGGAGCGAAGACUUGUUCCCAGGCGGUGGCCCUGGCCGAAGGUUUCCUCCUGAGUCAAGCAACGGAUGAGGGGCUAGUAGAGAAGCAGGUGCCAGAAGCAUUGGCGGAGAUGGUCUCAGCACAACACAAAGAAAGGGAAGAUUUGUCCACUUCUUCUUGGGAGCAGCUGUUUGAGAAGAUCUCCAAGGAGGAUCCAACUCAAGUCACCUCCCGAUGGAACGGAAAGGCGUCGGUGGUAAUCCCUGAAACACCUCCCAUUUGUGAUGAAGCAGAAACAGAGUUUGGGUCUCCAUCUCAGGCCUCGGUGUCCUUUGAGGAAGUGGCUGUGUAUUUUGUGGAGGAGGAGUGGGAGAUUCUGGAUUCCAACCAAAAAGCUUUGCACAGAGAAGUCAUGCUGGAAAAUUCUCAACACGUGACCGCUCUGUCCUGUGAACAGGAAUCAGAAAAUUAUAAGGAGGAGAACGCAGCACGGUUGCAAACAGCCCAAAAUGAAGCUGAGGAAGAGACGUUUGGAAAUAAAGGGGAAACAAACAGUAGUGAAAAAACCUGUGAUGUAAAUGGAAAGCAGAAUUCCUGCCCAUUGGGAGGCAUGGAAGCACCCGAUACCCUGAGUGAAAAGUGCAGAGAGGGCAUCGGUGAGAGCAGCGACCUCAUGAAGCAUGAAGGAAUCCACAGCGGGCAGAAGCCGUACGUAUGCAUGGACUGUGGUAAGAGCUUCUGGCAGAGAGCUCAGUUCAGGAUCCACGAAAGAAUCCACACUGGGGAGACACCGUUUAAGUGUGCCGAGUGUGGAAAGGGCUUCACGGUGAGAGGUCACCUUAUCAACCACGAAAGAAUCCACACGGGGGAGAAGCCCUUCAAGUGCAUGGACUGCGGCAAGAGCUUCAGUCACAACAGUGCUCUUUCUCGUCACGAAAGGACCCACACCGGGGAGAAGCCUUUCAAGUGCACGGACUGUGGAAAGGGCUUCUGUCAUGGAGGCAAACUUCGGAUCCACGAAAGAAUCCACACAGGGGAGAAACCGUUUAAAUGUACGGAGUGUGGAAAGGGCUUCAGCAUGACGGGGCACCUUGCGAAUCAUGAAAGGAUCCACACAGGGGAGAAGCCCUUUAAAUGCACGGACUGCGGCAAGAGUUUCAACCAGAACAGCAGCCUAAUGACCCACAAAAGAAUCCACACGGGGGAGAAGCCAUACCAUUGUCUGGAAUGUGGAAAGAGCUUUAGUCACAACAGUGCCCUUACUCGUCAUGAAAGGACCCACACCGGGGAGAAACCUUUUGAGUGCCCGGACUGUGGAAAGAGUUUCAGUCAAAACAGCAGCCUAAUGACACACAAAAGAAUCCACACGGGGGAGAAGCCGUAUCGCUGUCUGGAGUGUGGAAAAAGCUUUAGUCACAACAGUGCUCUUACUCGCCACGAGAGGAUCCACACUGGGGAGAAACCUUUUGAGUGCCCAGACUGUGGAAAGAGUUUCAGUCAAAACAGCAGCCUAAUGGCCCACAAAAGAAUCCACACAGGGGAGAAGCCGUAUCAAUGUCUGGAAUGUGGAAAGAGCUUCUGUCAGAGUGGCCAAUAUAUGAUGCACAAAAGGAUCCACACAGGAUAGACGCCAAAUGCAUGGUGUGCGCGUACAAGUUUAUUCCGGUAGUAAAUGUAUGAAACAAAAAAAUCAACCAGAGAGAAGCCAUCUGGAUCCUUGAAGUGCAGGAGUGAAUUUUGCAUCAAAUGAAAGGUCAAGGGAGAAUAUGUGAUGUGUAGAGUGAUGUUAGAGCACAUGACAUAAUCAGUGUAAUUAUAAAUGCCUUGGAGUGAGGGAAAAGGACUUAUGGGCAGGGCACAGAAAUAACACAGGCAGCUGGCCGUUCAAAUGGCCACUUUAUUGCUCCAAAUGACCCCAUACGCUCCCAUGUUUCUGGCAAGUCCCAGAGCAGAAGUGAUGACACACCACUCACACACUCCAAGCAGCCUCUGGCUGCAAAUAGUCCAGCCCAAUGCUGUGAGCACCACAACUGCAAAGCAAGAAAUCCAGCAGGGCAAGUCCAGGAAUCAAAGGAGCAAGGCAAGGAUCCAAAAACCCACAAAGAUUGCAAGGAAUUCAGGAAAGUUCAAACAUCAGCACUCAGCACUCCAUGAAUUUAGCGUUUGUUCCCAACAAAUGCCUCUCCCCACAGCGUUUCCUUAAGCCUCAGUCCCCAGGUGUGCUUUGUGAAGAGGGGCGGGGCACUCUCCUCCUGAGUAGGCAAGUUAGUCUGCGCUAUUCUCGCCUUCUCUCCACUCUCCGUGCUCAACUAUCAGGAGGGGAAGUUUCUGAUCCUCUGAGCUCUGCCUCUCAUUGCUCACUGCUUAGCGUCUCUUGGUCAUCCUGCCCCCAUUCCUCCUUGCCUUCAAGCUGUCCUAAUUCUGAAAGGGUCUGGCCUGACUGGGCCUGCUCUCCCCAUUCUCCAAAGCCAACAAAGCCGCCCCCUCGAUUUCAGUCCAGUUCCAGCUUGUCUUCCCCCGCAGAUUCAGGCUCCGAUGGGGGCAUGACAGCUUACAACUAUUUAGAGAUUGUUCAGUUAUGAUAGCAUUGGGGAAAAAAGGCUUAUGAUUGGUCCUCGCACUUAUGACCAUUGCAGCAUCCCCACAGUCAUGUGAUCAAAAUUUACGACGGUUGCGGCAUCCCUUUAUUGCAGCCGGGUAGCUGCUAAUUCCACAGCCCUUUGACCAGUUUCCGGGGGAGGGGGGUUCUUGCCCCUAAACUGAAGUACAUUUAAUAAUUGCCCUAGUGUUACUUCUAUUAUUUCAUCCUAAUUUUAAUCUUACCUUUUGGGCAUAAUCAUUUUCUAUCCAAAUCAGCCAAUCUUGCUCAUAAUUCCCAUACCUCUUCCCUGGUACCGUAGAUGUCAAGCCAGCCUCCCUCAGCAACCAAGAAAGAAACCACUUAACUCAAAUUC